AUGGCUUCAAAUGCACCAGAUUCCGAAACCAUGGUUCGCAAUAAUGGCGAGGAUGACAAAGAAUCACAGCCACAAGAAUCAUCAUCGCUCAUCGAGAUUGUUCCCUUGUCUCGGCAGUAUUUUGCCGAGGCUAAAGAUAUUGAAUCGGAUUUUGUCAAGACUGGCAAAGGAUGUUGCUUUGGAGUCUGUCGCUUUGCUUGGUGUCCGGCAUCUCCCCAAGAAGAGUUUGAUUCGAUGUAUUCUACAAAAGAUGUGACGAGAAAAGAGACCUAUGGAGUGGCGUUAUACAAUAACAAGGUGGUAGGUAUUUGCAAGGGACGACGAUUCGGUCAAAAAAUGACCUUUGACGAAUCCCUCAUGCACAAGCCCGCAAAAGGAGAAUUCUACAUUGAUACCUUGGCCGUGACAUCAGAGGCAAGAGGCAAGGGAGUCGGCACUAAACUACUCAAAUGGGCCGAAGACUUAGCCCGCCAAAAGGGUGAUUCCAAACUGCAACUGGGAGUCAUGCAGGGAAAUCCAGCGGAACGACUCUACACACGAUUUGGGUUUGAAGAAGAACAGAGAGCAUCCUGUUGCAUUAGUUUCUUGAUUGGACGACCCCAUGGAUCUUUUACAGGAAUUGAAAUGGUUAAAGAUCUGUCCUCAUAG